AUGAUACAGUCCGAAGACAAGUUUGUGGACACCAACAUGCCAGAAGUACUUUUGCAGAAGCUUAAUGAAUUGCGCAUUAACGGACAGGAGUGCGAUUUCCGGCUCUACAACGACUCCGUCUCUUUUCAUACGCAUAAAUGUCUCAUUCGAGCAAUGUCACCCACCAUAGACAGGGCUUGUCAGGAAGUGGCUGGAAUGAAAGACUACAAGAUGGACUAUCUAUCGGAGCGUGGAUUGGAGACACUGGUGCAUUACCUCUAUUCCGGACAUCUUACGUUGACGGGUGAAAUUUGUAUGGAGAUACAUACAGCAGCAAUUCGGCUGGGAAUUACCUUCAUUGCGGAUUCAUGUGUGCGUUACCUCAAACAGCAUUUGAACAGCACCGAUUGCAUUACCCAUCUCCAAUACAGUGUCGAGAUGGGCAACGAGGAGUUGAAAAAUGUAUGCAUUCAAUUUUGUGUAGACAACUUUGAGGAUUUGAUUCAUCGCGAGGAUUACAUGAACAUUCCUCCCGAGGCAUUUUGUGCAAUUAUAUCCAGUCCAGAUCUUUACAUCCGGGAAGAAAUCGCCUUGUUUAAGGCUAUUCGGAAAUGGAUUGACCGAGAUCCGGACAAUCGUUCCUGUCAUGCUCAUCAGUUAAGCGAACACGUUCGUUACCAAUUGUUGGAUGUUCGCAGUCUGCUCGAGAUACUACAUUCACCGGCAAACGAGUGCUUCCACGAUCACAUUCAAAAAGCGCUGAUGGAUCUCGGAAUGUUGGCAGAGCAACUGGCUCAUCAGAAGUGGGAAAGGAAGCCGAAUGAAAACCGAAAUCAGGAACCCACACAAAUCGGCCUCCCCCGCGGUACAUCGAUUUCCUCCUCCCCUGUGUCCUCGCAUCACACUGAAGGUAAUUAUAUUUUGGCAAUUCUCGGUGGAAGAACUCAGGAUAAGAAGCUGCUACGAGAUAUUGUAUGUUUCCGAGCUCGAAAGUCUUCAUUCUCUUCUGGUGAAGAAACACGAGACUCAAGUCUGCCAGAUCGGGAAAGUCUACUAACAGACCCACAUUCCUAUUUCUACUUAACUCCAAUCACCCACCCGAACCUUCAAGCCCUGCCUUGUCCGAGGAAAGGUUUUGGCGCUGCAAAUGUGACCAACAAUGUAUUCCUCGUCGGUGGGAUGCCAACAAACGCAAUGCAUUCGGUGGACGUCUAUGUUAUUCCUCUCGAAGAGUGGAUGGUCGGUCCAACAAUGAAAGCCGGUCGCAGCUGGCAUGGUGUCACUUCAACUGAGCUGAUCGUCUACGUAACUGGAGGUCGCGACGCUACAGGUGGAGUCCUAUCCUCAUGCGAAAUGUUGGAUAUUCGAACUGAUAAGUGGCAAUGCUUGCCACCAAUGCCUAAAGCUCGAAUGAGCUUGGCUACGUGCAUGCUGAAUACGGAAUUGUACGUCGCAUGUGGCGUGGAUGAGACGUCUGUAGACUGCUUUGACACGGUUGCUGGGAAAUGGAGGGCAGUGGCUCCGCUCCCUGUAGUUCACGAGGCUUCCGCGUUGUUGAGUUGCCGAGGUGCGAUUUACCUUUUUGGUGGGAUGAACGCCUCCAAUUUUUUGCAAUGUGUACAUCGAUACGAUCCGGUAGACAACCGAUGGACGCAGGUAGCUAGUAUGCCUCAACCGAGUGCAUUUCAUGCUUCUGUGCUUUUGGAAGAUUACGCAUUCGUCAUCGGUGGAAGAAGUUCGGAGGGAUCACUCGGCGUAAUUCAAGUGUACAGUGUGAAUCAGGACCAAUGGCGUAUCCAGCCGCAGAUUCUUCCAAGUGCACGCUCCAGUAGCUGUGGGAUUGCGAUUGGACUGAAAUAA